AUGGAGCAAAAGACAUCUAUAGAAAAUUCAAGCCAAGGCGGGAAUCCUGAAGAAAUUGUUCGUGAUACAGGACAUCCAGAUGGCUUUCACAAUGGAACUAAAACUGUUGGUAUCAAAAAGAUUGAGGCUAUGUCAAAACAAUACGGAAGAUAUGGAAAGAUUCUAUUCUUCUUUUCAAUGUUUUUAAUUGCCUAUACUUAUGGUCUAGAUCAAACAAUCAGAUAUGUUUUCCUGGCACAAGCCCAAUCUUCAUAUGGACAUCACUCACUUCUGUCAACGGUUAACGUCGCUGCAUCAAUUAUUGCCGUUGCAGCUCAGCCCUUUUAUGCACGAUUAUCAGAUGUAUUUGGUCGUACCGAAAUCCUAUUCAUUUCAGUCAUUUUUUACGUUAUUGGAACAAUCAUUGAGUCCCAAGCAGACAAUGUCCAAACUUUUGCGGGAGGUGCCAUCAUUUAUCAAUUUGGUAUUACAGGAAUUAUGCUUCUUUUGCAACUUCUUGCCGCUGAUUUCUCUUUUCUUAAUUGGCGUCUUCUUAGUUCCUUUGUCCCAGCUAUUCCUUUUAUUAUCAAUACUUGGGUUUCGGGUAAUGUUUCAGCAGCAUUUGGAACAAGAUGGAGUUGGGGUAUAGCGUGUUGGGCUAUCAUUCUUCCCGUUAUUUCUAUCCCCCUUUUCUUUUGUCUUUUCCAUAUGAGAUAUCUGGCAAAGAAAAAUGGAGAUUUUGAUGAGAUUAAUGAAGAUGAGACAGAAUACAGAAAAAGAGGAUUUUUCGGGUUCGUUAAGUAUCUUUUCUUUAAAAUCGAUGCUAUUGGAUUGUUCUUGAUCAUUGCCGUUUUUGCAUUGAUUUUAGUUCCUCUCACACUUGCUGGUGGUGUUUCUACUGAGUGGAAACAUGCAAAAAUCAUUGCACCUCUUAUAAUUGGCGGUCUCUUGAUUCCUGUUUUUGUAACAUGGGAAAUGUACUCACCUGAACCUGUUAUCCCCUUUUUCUUGAUAAAAGACAGAGGUGUUUGGGCUGCUUUUUGCAUUGCCGUUUUAAUCAACUUCAUUUGGUAUAUGCAGGGCGACUAUAUGUACACAGUUCUGGUUGUUUCAGUUAAUCAAAGUGUAAAGUCUGCCACUAGAAUCACUCAACUUUACUCUUUCACAUCUGUUGUCACUGGUACCAUAUUAGGCUUUGUUGUAGCAAAAGUCAGAUACCUCAAACCUUUUAUUGUUUUUGGUGCAUGCAUCUGGAUUAUUGCAAUGGGUCUAAUGAUUCAUUACCGUGGAGGUAUGGAAGCGAGAUCUGGAAUUAUCGGUUCUUUGGUAUUGCUUGGUUUUGGCGCUGGUUUUUUUACUUAUCCCACACAAAACUCUAUUCAAAGUGUUACAAAUCAUGAAUAUUUGUCGAUUGUUACAAGUCUCUACCUCGCCUCCUACUAUAUUGGAUCAGCACUUGGUAACUGCGUUUCAGGAGCCAUCUGGACACAGACCUUAGCAAAAGAAAUUGAAAAAGAGCUAACCAAAAUUGGAGCCUAUUCUUUAGAUCUCAUCACUCUUGCUUAUGGCUCUCCAUUCACCUUUAUAGUUGAAUAUCCAUGGGGCUCUCCUGAACGUAUGGCUGUUGUAGUGGCUUAUAAAACGGUUCAGCGAUAUCUUUUGAUCACUGGUACAUGCCUUUGCGUCCCCUUAAUUGCAUUCACGCUUUGCUUACGCAAUCACAAAUUAGUUUCGGCACAAAAUAGAUUUGAUGAUCAAGGGACACCAGAAUUAAACGUUGAAGAUCAGGAAAAAUAUCCUGAGGGUAAAAAUAUAUCACCCAACGUUGAAGAGUUUUCCCCAAAGAAAAAUAUCCUUAAAAGGUUUUGGGCAUAA